CCCCGACCGCUGGAUUAGAGGUAUUAGAUCAAGAUUAUGCGAGGUGAUCGAGAGAGUGGUUGCAGUAGUUGCAGAUAAUCGCGACAUAUCUCUUCCGUCGAAGUUGACCAAUAAAAUAAAUCCGGCAUCAUCAAAUCUCAAUAUUAUUUACAUUCACUGUAUGCGCGAGUCCCACGCUCGCUGUGUCUUUGCGGCGAUCGUGUACAUAUUUCGUUGUUGAAGGCAUGGCCAUUGGUAUUCAUGUCGACGAUGAUGGCUUGUCUGGAGGCGGAUUCGAAGGAAUUGGACGCGGAAGAGGAUUUGCUCGUUUCCGACUCGGAUCACCACCGGUUGUAUAGUAGUGCAUAUCGGACUGGGAGUGCUGCCGAUAUUGAUGCUGUUGUUAUUGAUGAUGAUGAUGAUCACCAUGAUGGUUUGAGGUCAUCGAAGGCGACGUCGUCCCUAAAUCACGAGGAGAUCCGAUACGCCGCAGCCGACGUCG